UUGACUGUCCAGUGAUCAGGAGACGCAUGGCCGCUCAAGGAAAGCGCAUGGCGUCUCCGCUCUACAUCGCCGUAUACCUCAUUCUGGUGCUGCUGGGGAACAUGGGUAACGCCACGGUCAUCGCAGUGGUCGGGGAAAGCCUUCUGCGCGAGACGGGAGCCGUCCGAAGCUCUGACGUGAUUCUGGUCAACAUGGCUUUCUCCAACCUGAUGGUGUCUCUGGCCAGAAACUCUCUUCUGGUGAUCUCCGACAUGGGAAUGGAGGUUUUCCUUAAUAGAAACUGUUGUCGCUUUAUGAUGGGAAUCUGGGUUUGGCUGCGCUCUGCGAAUGUUUGGUCGACGUUCUUUCUCAGCGCGUUUCAUUUCCAAACGCUGCGUCGGGUCGCUCCGCCCGUCACGAACAUCCACGGCCAUCCCGGACCCCCCAGGUCCCUUAUCUUUGGGUUGUGCCUCAUCUGGAGCCUCAAUCUGAUCUACUCCAUCCCAGCGUUCAUCUUCUCCAAGAACGGAGACAAGAACUCCACCGAGUCGCUGAUGUUGGUGAGCAGCACCACUCGACCGCUGCUUGGCUGCAUCUGGAACUUCCCGUCGGUCUACAGCGGCCUGGCCUUCGCCACCUCCUCCAUGGUCAUCCAUGAAAUGAUUCCCAUCUUCUUGAUGAGUGCCACAAACCUGGGCUCCUUGCUGACGCUGUACGCUCACGGACAAACGCGAAGAGCCGCCAAAAAGAGUCCGGACGCGCCAAUCAUCACCCGGAUCCCCGCGGAGCGACGGGCCGCUAAGGUGAUUCUGGCUCUGAAUGUCCUCUUUAUCUCAUCUUGGGGCGCCAGUAUCAUCUCCGUCAACUACUUCAACUAUAACCGCGGAUCUUCCACCUCGUCCACGGAGUUCCUGCUCAUCGUCGCUCGCGUCGCCAACAUCACCUUCAUCGCGCUGUCGCCCAUCGUCCUCGCCGUGGGCCACAGGAAGCUCAGAGCGUUCAUGAAGUCAAUUCUGUCAUGUAUAAUCUGACAGACAGCUGUCUCACUCUAUAUGGACAGACAAGCUACAGAUAUCAAAGACAUAUCACAAUAUAUUCUGCAUCAUAAAAGUGUGUUUC